AUGUCGAAACCAUUAAAAGAAAUGAGCAACUUUGACAAUUUACUGAGUGAGAAGGAUGGGUCUCUCAAACGUCCCUCUCCCAGCAAAGCAUCAGAGAGCUACCAUGAAUCUCGACUAAACUCACCUACGACAUAUAGCUUCAGAAAUGAUAUUGUGGACGAAGAUUCGGUUUUCAUUGACCGCACUCCUGCCGUCAAGGAUCAAGAUGUUAUGUAUAUUGCUCCCUGGCGUCAGCAUGUUGCUCGCUUGUUCUUUAUGACAAACCUCAUCCCGCAGCUCCUUUCAUUUUGGGGCACUCAUAUCCAAUUUCGGACUCUCUACCACUUUGGAAAUGAGAGUAAUCUUUCUUCGAGCCGUCUUGUCCUGGCUUGGGUUUUUGUGGUAUGGGAAGUAUCCUUGGCAGUUGAUGGCAUUCUUCAAGUCAUCAUCAAGUCUGGUGCUCUCACAGGGCGAUGGCAACCUCACUUACGGUUACUAGGCGAUAAUGUACCGUCCGUAGAUGUCAUAGUAACGGUGUGCAACGAGCAAAUUGACAUUGUCAAAGACACCGUGCGCGCUGCGCUGAGCGUCGAAUAUCCGAUUAGUCGCUUCCGGGUUAUCGUUGCCGAUGACGGAAGGUCUAAGUUGUUAGAGGAAUGGGUGUGCCAACUGUCCGACGACCAUCCCAACCUUUAUUACACUGCUCGCUCCAGACUUGGAGGUUGGAAAGCAGGUAAUCUGAAUGAAGCCGUCAAGUUUGCUGGGUUUUUGCCAGGCGGCGCUGCCGAGCUCGUAGCUGGCCUCGAUGCGGAUAUGAUUCCAGAGCCGAGAUGGCUCCGUUGCGUCACGGCUCACAUUAUGCGUGACCGGAGAGUUGGAGUCGUAUGUCCAGCCCAGCACUUUUACAAUGUCCCAAGUGACGAUCCUCUUUUCCAGAGCAACAAGUUCAGUUGGUACUGUCGGGACCUUGUAUGCGGCCUGGCUGGCUCUGGGUUCAACCUUGGCUCCGGUUGGGUUAUGAGGCGGGAGGCAAUUGACGACAUCGGCGGAUUCCCAACCGAUGUUCUUACUGAGGAUAUCACCAGCUCAAUGAUGGCUAUGGCCGAAGGCUGGAAGACAACCUACGUCCCUGAGGCCCUUCAAUGGGGUCUUGUGCCUGACACAUACGCCGCCCACAUUAAGCAGAUUGUCAGAUGGUAUAUCGGAGGUUGUCAGAUGGCUAUCAAAUUUGGCUUCUUUCUUUUGCCCUCCCGAACCAAAAGUCAGACACCAAGGCAGGUUUUAAUCGGAUUCUCUCAGGGAUUGAGUGUGCAUCUACGCACUCAGAUGGCUACCUUGAGUCUUAUUCUCGCCGCAGUUGUGUCCAUGACCAAUGCUGAUCUCGUCUACUGGCGUGAUCUCGCGGAAAUGCGGAUGUUACUGCGGAUUCACUGUGGUAUUGUCGUUUUUCGCUGGUUGCACGAUGUUCACCAAGCCGUUCUAUCAGGCUAUCGUGCAGCUAUCUGGGAAUCCGCUCAAUAUUUUUAUCAGGCUCCAUAUGCAACAGUAGCAUGGUUCAGAUCAUUCAUUCUUCCCAGGAGUCUAGGUGGUAAAACAACCACCUUUACUCCAACGGGCAGCAUCGGAAAUGUAUAUCACGAGCGCGAUCCCGACCGAAGGGCUCCUUUACUUAAGCGCCUUCAGCAUAUAAUUAUUGGCUGCGGUGCGUGGGUCCAUUUGCUCAUCGUUGUUCUUUUUGGUACUGGAGCUUAUAUGCGCUGCUCUCGGGUUUUCCGUGAGCAUUCCCUCGUGGUUCAUGACGAACACGGGUUCGAAAUUCUAUGUGUCCGGCUUCUUCGGAAGGUUGCUUGGCCUACACAUCCAUGGGUUCCCACAGCGUUGGCCUGCUUCACCCCGAUCAAAUAUGCCCUUUACCCACCACAAAUCCCUGAGCGACACAAGUUGCUGGGCAAGAGAGGAAGGAAUGGAGCACGUUAUCCCAUUCCCGAGGUCAUGGGAAAGGUCAAGCGGACACCCUUUGCAAUUGGGUUCAUUGAGCUAUACACCCUGUUUGUAGCAUACGCUGCUCUUGUAUUUGUGGCUACUUGGUGGGUUGACAUCAGUGUUUUGGAAUAG